GCGUGCAUGCGUGCGUACACGCGCGUGUACGCACGUAUACACGCAGGCAGAAGCCUCUCUACGCUUCUCUCUCUCUCUCUCUCCUCUCUUCUCGUUUCCUCUCUUCUCUUCUCUUCCUCUGUCCCUCCACCGCGUGACCGCUGCGUUUUUCUACGCGCCGCCGUUGUCGGCCGUCCCGAGGUACGGGGAGCCAUCUAAGCCUAUCCUAGUUUUUGCCUAGGCCUGACCAAGUCGCAACGAGAGAGUCUGGCCUGCCGCUGUAUUUCAAGCCAUCUAAGGCAUCGGACUACCCUCCACCUUAUACGAUUAUAUCCGCCGCGCCGUGCUGCGCCGCGCGAAUCCAAAUGCGCAAGAAGUGAGGACGAGGAGACGGAAGGGCUUCGCUCCUUGGACAGUGAUAAUGACGUGAAAUACGCCUUUAUCUUCUAUCCUAGACGAUGUUUAAACGCUUGUCGAAGUCGAGGCGUCACAGCGCCGACGAUGUCGCCCUUUCCCUGUCGGGCCCGGCGGUUCCGCUGGACGAGCCGUCGGCGACUUCAAUGCCGCGGACAAACAGCCAGGAUCUGGAAACCGCCAACCUGCUCAAGAUCUCCCGCGCCAAGUAUACCCGGAGGAGCUGCGGCGACGCGGCCGCGAUGCAGACGCUGCUCGAGACGAAGCAGGACAACGAGCAGGAUGUCAUCGAGGCUGACUAUCAAACGGUCACGGCCGUGCCGGCCUUCAUCGUCGAGCACGAUCCGAGUAAACAACGAGUGUUGGGUCUAGGAAUUUGGGGUCGCAGGAUGGGCAAGAAGAUCGAUUCGUUUCGGCGGACCAGAUCCCGCGAGGCUAUCUGCUCCAUUACGGAAAGGCCCGACGGCGUCGAGCGCAAUGGCGUCAAUAAUAAUAAUAACAUCAACAACAACGAUACUAGUGCCAGCAAUAAUAAUAUCGACGUUCGCGAAUUAAGUAAGAUCCACUUGGACGAGAGGACGAGCAGGAAGUUACCGGCAGCCUGCCAGCGAUCCCCGUCUCCGUUCAAAUCAUUCUUCAUCCGGAUGGGUUCCACCGGCAUGCUCAACUCGACGAAAACCAACAGGAGAUCUCCGAAUAUCGAGGAGAGAACGACGCUGCCGGACAAGGAGAGCUUGUUCAGAAGCUGCAGCACCAGUCAGCUGAAUAACAGUCCGACUUACGUGAAGGGAGACGAUCCGUCGGAGGGUAUAGACCUGCAGAUAGCCGCGCGAAAGGACAAGACGGUGUCCUGCGACGACCUGGCGGGACGUCGAGGCAACGAUCAAGGGAUCUUCGAGGCUCGCGCGCGUGCCGAUCCUUGCGCCUCCGCGUACUCGUUGGGUAGCCCUGCGGUGAGCUUCAGUACCUGCGACCUCGAGAAAACGAAGAACGAAUCGUUGAUGAGGAAGAGCAGCAGCUGCGACCUGAAGGAAGCGAAGAAGUCCAACUUCCCGUACGCCUUCUUGCGAUCGAAAUUGUCCGUCUUGCCGGAAGAACGUCACGGAUCACUCGUCCCCAAGGACGAGAGGCUCUUCAAGACCGUGUCGGAGGAGCACUUCCCGACCCUGCAAAUCGAGGACUCUUACGUCAAUACCACGACCCUCGGACGGAAGAGAUCCAGAAUAAUCGGGAACGUCGACUGCGGCCUCGACGCCGCGAGGAAUCGGGAAAAUGUGCGACUGGGCCGGACGUCCCACACGGAGUUCCAGAAAAAUUCCAAUAGAUACGAAGCGGACAGAUACAGCCUGAACGCCAGCCGCCUCGAACGAAUCGAAGCCGGGCUUCAGCGGGAGGGCAUCGCUCGUUGCUACAGCCUGUUUGAUGGAAGUUUGCUGUCGCUUCGGGAGAACAACGAGUUCCGACAUAGCGAGGACACCACGCGCGACAAGGCGAACUUAGCUGCUGGUAGAAUCGAGACCGGGAUAACGGAGAAUUGCAACGUCGAGCUCGACAUGACUACCAUCAGGAGUAACCGACGGAAUUCGGUAUCGAGCUGCGAGCAAAGGCUGUCGUCUCACUAUGUGAGCUCGAACGAGUCUGGUUACGACAGCGACGGGCCACGAGGUGAAUCCGUGGCGGCCUUGGAGAACGAGGGGCUCAAGUGCAGUUCGGACACCAGCAGCGUAGUGGACUCGGAGGCGGACAAACCAAUAAGAAGUUCCACCCCGAGCGAGUGUCAGGAUCAGGAAAACGCCCGGAACGCCGGCAGGAUCGCGCGGAACUCCGACGCGGACGAGAACAGGCCAGACGCGAUUUCCCGGAUGAAUUUCGAGGGAAUAGAUGGUCUCAGGUGGCACUGGAGCGGUUCCGGACGGAUGCUGCCCAGUAUUCACGGGACGUCCUUCGAAGAGGAAGCCGUGUCACGGCUGGAGGACACUCCGCUUCCAAGCUGCGAGGAUAGGCUGAACCUCUUGUCGGAUACGACAAAGACGCUGGACGUCUCGCCCCACCGCAUGAGGUUGCAGCAGGAUAAAACGAGGUUCCUCAGCGAUAUUAUCCAGCCGCUGACCAGGGUACGGCGAUGUUGCCUGAUAGAAUUGCACAAGAGAGACCCCAAGGAAAGUCUGGGAAUUCGACUGGCGCAGCAGCGACUGGGAGAUCUCCGGUACAUCGUCGUGCAACUUGAAAGCGACGGCAUCGCUCAUAGGGACGGUAGAUUGCGAUUGGGUGAUGAGAUCGUCGAAGUCGAAGGCAAGGAGCUAAAAACGCUGGAGACCCUCGAGGAAGUUCAGGAGUUUCUGCGGUCCUUUACCGGUAACACGGUACGAUUAACGACGGCGUACGAGGAGACGAUGCCGCAAGUGUACGAGAAUCCACCGUCAGUCGCGCCCGGCGAGUACGAGUACUUGGAAAACGCGAAGAAUCUGUCCAGCAUGUCGUUGAUCGACACCGAGACGAAUCAUGUUUCCUCAACGGUCGAGAAGAAGAAGAAGAAGAAGACGACGACGACGACCGACGGCGACGCGGAGCCACUUCAGUCGAGGAAGAGGCCCGACUUCCUGCCGCUUUCGUGCCUAUCUGAGAAUCAAAAGGACACCCGCAGCAGCGUGGAGCCCGCCACGGAGUCGCAGCACUAUCUGUCGAGACACGUGGCCAGGUUCGAGAAGGGCUACGGCAAGCCCAGUUUGGGCUUCAGCGUUGUAGGUGGCAGAGAUAGUCCCCGGGGUGACAUGGGGAUCUUCGUGAGAAGAGUCUUCCCCGGCGGGCAGGCCGACAUUUCCAGAUCGUUGUUCCAAGGUGACGAGAUUUUGAGCCUAAACGGGCAAGUUUUGAAAGGCCGCACGCACCAAGAGGUCAUCGAGUUGUUUAAGACGGUGAGAGAGGGCACGGUCGAGUUAGAGAUUACGAGAAGACACAGAUAUCCGAAAAGUACUGUAAAAAGCGCGCCGUACUGAACAGUAUGGACGUGGAGGAAACUGCCCACCGGAAGUGCUCCUUAGAUUUAGGUCUAAUCCACUAUCGUUCGCAUGGGGAAAACGGCGUUUUAGAAUUCUAGUCUAUCGAAAGAAAUCUAUGACUUCUCUGACGUUCUUCUCUCACGUAAUUUAUUUCGUGCGGCAUAUCUCGCAACCGUCUGAUAGAUUAAUAGUUUUUAUUAUUAAGAUAGACUCUCUACGCAUGCACGCGCGCGUACCGUGGUAUUAUAAUUAUUGUUGAGUACCACGUCUUUAACAAUAAGAUUUUAUACGAAUAACGUUACGAUGUAUCCAUUAUAUGCAUUCUUUUUUAAUCAUAGAGGACAAUAAAGAGGAUGUUCCUCGCAGGUACCGAGCGGGGUACCGUAUCCAGAUUAUUAUUAAUUAAA